CUGUUCAGAUUUAUAAAGAACCAAUAGCUUUUGCAUUUGUAACUAGGGCGAUAAGCAGUAGUAUAUAUCUACUUUGAAAUGCGUCCCGUCUGCCUCAACAACGCCGCGAACCGCUCAAAACCUGAGUCUCACACAGCCUAACCUACGUUUCGUAAUAAUUUCUUCUUGCAUGUUGCAUGAGGUGCGCGCGCAACGCGGCUCGUGUUCUUUGGCUGUCUCGCAGUGACUGUCGGGAUUGCUUAGCUGCUGUCUGGCCAUGUCCGCCAUGUUUUCGGUGGCUCUGAGAGCGGACCACUCUAGAAAAAAGGCUUUGAAGACAUUGUAAUUCGUUAGAAAUUGGUUAUACCACGGGAUUUCGAUCGCAGGGAAGUCAAUGAGUUCGAUCAUAGCAAAAAAGUCGGCUCCCUGUUGUAUUUCUACCGAAUAUUUGGCUUAAAUCUGGCUGGGUCCAUGUUUCCUUUACAUUCUGUGUUUUUGUGAUCGGCGAAAACAAUGAGUAAACUAUCGUUCCGAGCGCGAGCGCUAGACGCCGCCAAACCUCUUCCUAUAUACCGCAAUGGGGAUAUUCCGGACCUAAACGACUGCGUUUCCAUCAACCGAGCGGUUCCACAAAUGCCAACUGGAAUGGAAAAAGAAGAGGAAUCGGAACACCAUCUCCAGAGGGCCAUCUGCGCCCAGCAGGUGUUCAGGGAGAAGAGAGACAGCAUGGUCAUCCCUGUACCAGAGGUCGAAGGGAGCAUCACCUACUACGAUCGCUUGUACAAAGGAGACUUCCGCCAGACCAAACAGCUCAUCCAUAUCCAACCAUUCGGACUAGACAACGAGCAGCCAGACUAUGACAUGGACUCGGAGGACGAGAUGCUCUUGAACAGACUCAACCGCAAGAUGGAGCUCAAACCCCUGCAGUUCGAGGUCAUGGUGGACCGACUGGAAAAAGCCAGUGGCAACCAGCUGGUCACUCUGCAGGAGGCAAAGCUACUGCUGAAUGAGGACGACUACCUGCUCAAGUCUGUGUACGACUACUGGGUGCGCAAAAGGAAAAACUGCCGGGGGCCUUCCCUCACCCCGCAGGUCAAGCAGGAGAAGCGCGACGGCUCCACCAACAACGAUGCCUACGUGGCCUUCCGCCGACGCACGGAGAAGAUGCAGACACGGAAGAACCGCAAGAACGAUGAGGCUUCAUAUGAGAAGAUGCUGAAACUGAGGCGGGAGUUCAGCCGCACGGUCACCAUCCUGGAGAUGAUCAAAAAGAGGGAGAAGAGCAAGAGAGAGCUACUGCACCUCACGUUGGAAGUGGUGGAGAAGAGGUACCAGAUGGGUGACUUCUCUGGAGAGGUGCUGAAGGAAGUCUCUGCACCUCUGGCAGAAAAGGCGGUGUUUCCUGCUCCAGUAUGUCUCCCCAAUGGGAACAGGCAUAAAAUGGAAAGCAAAAUCAAGACACACAAACAGCAGCCCAGUCAUCCCACACGCCACCUUUCUGCCCAUUCAGAGCCCCGUUUCGACUUCACCCGGCCGCACAGAAAGUAUGGGCGGAGACCCAGGCUGGAUGCAGCGCCACGACCACCUGGCCGGCCCCCACAGCGCCCACAUGCCAUCGCCGAUGGCGACAUCAAACAAUACGACUUCCACAGCUCUGGAGAGGAGGACUCUCCUCUGUCUCCCUCCUCUGAGCCAGACGAAGAGAAUGACCCCGAUGGGGCUUUCAUUUUCAGACGCAGAGAUGGGUGCCAUUAUCUUGCUCCUCUUGGCGAGCAAAGGUGGUGUUCUCCACCAGGCCUGGCUUGGCUGGCCGAUCCAGGGCAGCGGAACUCCCUCACGGCUCUGUCUGUGCCCCGCCGCUGGGUAGGGGUGAGCCACAGGCGCCUGGGCCGGGGCGGCAGGAUUGUGCUGGACAGAACCUCAUCAGACCUGGACCGAGCGCUCAGGCUCCUGGACCCAGAUGUGUUUUGCCCCUCCACUGCAUCUGUCACACACCACCACAUGCACACGGACACACACGUGAACGCGGCCACACACACCCCCCCUGCAGCCCGGACAAACCCUCAGUGCUCGCUGGCUCAGCUCCUCAGCAACAUCCAGGCCUGCAGGGUGCGCUAUUUCCGCCCACGUCCCCUUCACGAAAAUGGGAAAGAGGGGAGCAAGAAGGACGCCCUUCAGCACGAUGACAGGAAGGGCAGAGGAACAUUUGCGGUGGCAAACAACUCCAGAACCAGCCUCUCAGGAGGAAUCACAGAGGAGCAGUUUCAGUCCCACCAGCAGCAGCUGGAGCAGAUGAAGCAGCAACAGAUAGCCCAGUCCAUCCACCAGCAGGGCGUCCAACCGCAGGGCCUCCAACUGCCACAGACCAUGCAGCACAUCCCGGCUCUUCCUGAACGCUCCCACUCACACGUGACUACCAUGGUCUCCACGGACUCCGUGUCCAAGACUCUGGACUCGGCCAGUGCACACUUUGCUGCUUCUGCUGUGGUCAGUGCCCCCAACCAGGAGAGCAAACCCCACAGAGCAGGCAUCAAUGGGAUCCUUCCCUGUCAAGGAAAGUGAGUUGGAACAGCAGUGGUGUAAAGGAACAGUAUUCCCAAGUAUACUAAUGUGCAAGCUGCAAAAGUAUGGAUCCUGGAGGGUGGGAUAGAGAGCAGGUGAGUAUCGGAGGUCCAAAGUGUACAAGAAGGUGAUAUAGGAAGGAAGGAGGGUAAAGGCAUCCCAGACUAAGAACUGGCUUAAAAACCAUAUGGAGGAUUUUUUACUCUGUGUGAUGGCAGGACAAGAAGCCAGUGUAGGUAACUAAGAAUCGGAGUAACAUGUUCCCCUACCAGAGCAGUUUCAGUGCUCUAAAUCCAGACUGAAGCCGUUCUAAUAGGUUGUUGGAAGUUAAAUGGUCUUUCCACUGAGAUGCCACAAGUGCCAGAAUUUUGGAAGGACAAAGGUUAGAAUAGGUUGGUAGUUCCUAAAAUCUUGAGGGUCAAGACCUGGCAUCUAUAGACCUGGAGUGAUGGUAUCCAGGUUUAGACUGGAUGGGACAGAGACUGCGAUAGCCCUAAGAGAGACCCUUAUGACCUUGGAUAUCAGAUGGCAGAGAGAAAGAAAACAGGCAUUAAGGUGUACAUAUGAUCUGGAUGCCUUGAUGAGUUCUCUUACUGGAGGGAAAGUAGAGAACUAGCUGUUAACUAGAGGACGUGUUGGGACUUGGUGUCCAUAGACUCACAAAACUGCUGCGGUUGUAAAUAGAUGUUUGACAGUAUUGUCAUUAAAAAACAUCAGAACCUUACAGUAGUGAUGAUGGGACAGAAGGGACAAGUUGCACUAGCUUUAAAUAUUUUUUUUUUUUACAAAUGUAUACCUUAGAGAGCUUGAGAGGUUGCUUUGGCCUUUUAAGGCCAUGCUUUUAACAAAUGACAUUUCAAUCACAUGGACCACCAAAGUAGUUUUCCUGCUGAAACGUUCUCGCUUGGACACACCACAAUUCAGGGGUAAAUCAAGCAGCAGGAUAACAUCCCAGUCUGCGUUCCAAACGGGGCAUUCUGGUUUAGGUUGGCUGUGGCACAGACAGACAGUGUCAUCGUAAUGAGUAGGGUGUCUGGAGAUGACGUGUCCUGAAGGAUGGGAGUUUGAUCAGUCAAGAGCAUAAGUGCAGGAGGGUUGUCGGUUCUAAGAUUCCUAAAAGUAAAACUACAUUGUGUUGGUGUGUCUGUGUACUGUACUUGGUCAUCCAGUACCCACUGGUGCUGGCAGCGUGAGUUUGGAGACAUGGAUGAGUUAUUACCUCUCAUUGCUGAACAAAUGGAAGUUCUAUUUCAUCGUCUGAGUGGCAUUUGACUUUUUGAAAUGCUCAGGCAAAACUUCACUGAAUACCAAUAACAUGUUGCGUGAGAACCAGUCUGAUGUCACUGACAAUUAUGCAUCCAGUGUUUGAGCUGC